GAAAAGGAAGGCAGAUGAUGUUGAUGGUGAAGCAGCCUCCAAGAAACAGAAGAAAGAAGAUGACAAACUCGAGAUGAAACUGAAGGAGCAAAGCCAGCUGAUCUGGGGAAUUAAGGACAGACUGAAGAAAUAUUGCUCUGUCAAUGACAUGAAGGAACUGCUUAUUGCUAACAACCAGGAAGUGCCCUCUGGGGAGUCAAAUAUUUUAGACUGCCUAUCAGAUUGCAUGGCCUUUGGGUCUCUGAAGCCUUGUGAAACAUGCAAAGGGCAGUUUGUGUUUAAGAGUGAUGCGUACUACUGCACUGGAAACAUCUCCGCAUGGACCAAGUGUGUAUUCAAGACCCAGAUGCCUGAUCGCAAAAACUGGGUCACUCCUAAGGAGUUCAGUGAAAUUCCGUUUCUGAAGAAGUUUAAGUUUAAGAGACAGGACCGUGUCUUCCCCAAAGAGGUCCCCAUUGCAGCCCCCAUCCCCUCAUCCACUGCUGCUACAGCCACUCCUAGCAUGUCCACUGCCACCAGUAAUAACCUCACUGAGGUGCCUGCAGAUAAGCCUCUGUCAGGACUGAAGCUUUUGGCUGUGGGGAAACUCCGUAAGAACAAAGAUGAGCUGAAAGCUGCAGUAGAAGAACUGGGUGGAAAAAUCACAGGCACCGCCAACAAAGCAGCUCUCUGCCUCAGCAGCAAGAAGGAGAUUGAGAAAAUGAGUAAGAAGAUGGAGGAAGUGAGGGACGCAGGUGUGCGUGUGGUGGCAGAGGACUUCCUUGCUGACAUCAAGGAGUCUGGCAAGGCCCUUCAGGAGCUCAUCUCCCUGCAUGGCAUCUCCCCCUGGGCGGCUGAAGUUAAAGUCGAGUCCCAGGCUGGAGCUGUGGCCUCCAAGUCCACUGGAGCUCAUUCCUCAAAGAGCGAAGAAGGUAGAAGGAAGGAAGAAGGUGGAAGCAAAUCAAAGAAAAUUAAACUGACAGUGAAAGGCGGAGCAGCUGUAGAUCCAGACUCUGGUCUGGAGAACUGCGCUCAUGUACUGGAUCAGAAUGGGAAGAUUUACAGUGCCACACUGGGUCUUGUGGACAUCGUCAGGGGGACAAACUCAUACUACAAACUGCAGCUGCUGGAAGAUGAUGUAAAGAAACAGUACUGUGUGUUCAGGUCAUGGGGUCGAGUUGGAACCACCAUUGGGGGAAACAAACUGGACAAGUUUUAUGACAGGAAUGCAGCCAUGGAAAAUUUUAGCAGUGUUUAUGAGGAGAAGACUGGGAAUUCCUGGACCUCCACCAGCUUCACCAAAUACCCGAACAAGUUUUACCCUCUUGAGAUUGACUAUGGACAGGACGAAGAGGCUGUAAAGAAGCUAACUGAAAGUGCAGGUCUCAAAUCCCAGCUGGCCAAACCCGUCCAAGACCUCAUCAGAAUGAUCUUUGAUGUGGAGAGCAUGAAGAAAGCCAUGGUUGAGUUUGAGAUUGACCUGCAAAAGAUGCCUUUGGGAAAACUCAGUAAGCGACAGAUCCAGAGUGCCUAUUCCCUCCUGAGUGAGGUCCAGCAGGCUGUUGCAGAUAAUGCUUCCCAAUCACUGAUCUUAGACCUGUCCAAUCGCUUCUACACACUGAUACCACAUGACUUCGGCAUGAAGAAGCCACCACUGUUGAGUAACCUGGACUACAUACAGCAAAAAGUGCAAAUGCUGGACAAUCUGUUGGACAUUGAGGUGGCCUACAGCUUGCUACGGGGCGAAGUAGAGGACAAUAAGAAAGAUCCCAUUGACAUCAACUAUGAGAAGCUCAAAACCGAAAUUGAGGUGGUUGAUAAAUCUUCCGAUGAGGCUCGGCUUAUCAUUGAAUAUGCGAAGAACACACAUGCUGCUACUCACAAUACCUACACACUCGAGGUUGAGGAGAUCUUUAAGAUCAACAGGGAGGGUGAGUAUCAUCGUUACCGCCCCUUCAAAGAUUUACCAAAUCGACAGCUGUUAUGGCACGGCUCCCGCGCCACCAACUACGCUGGUAUCCUGUCUCAGGGACUACGUAUCGCUCCUCCCGAGGCUCCUGUGACAGGUUACAUGUUUGGCAAAGGUUUAUACUUUGCUGACAUGGUGUCAAAGAGCGCCAACUACUGUCACACCUCCCAGGCUGAUCCAGUUGGUCUCAUUCUGUUAGGAGAGGUUGCCCUUGGAAGCAUGCAUGAACUGAAGAAAGCCUCGCAUAUUACAAAGUUACCAAAGGGUAAACACAGUGUGAAAGGUUUGGGAAGAACUGCUCCAGACCCAAGAGCCACCAUUUCAAAGAAUGGAGUGGAAAUUCCUUUGGGCAAAGGCAUCAAUACAAAUAUUGAUGACACAAGUCUGCUCUACAAUGAGUAUAUUGUGUACGAUGUUGGUCAGGUUAACCUGAAAUACCUGCUGAAGAUUCGUUUCAACUACCAAACCUCUCUCUGGUGAGAUAACGGGUCAUGUCUCUCUGGACAGGUUUCAGAACACCUCUGGAGCCCUCUGCUACACCUUUAGUGCCAUGAGCAAGCAGCCGUUGUUUUGGCAAGUUAUUAAAUCAGUUAUUUAGCGCUUCUUCAGCAACAGUCCAAGCUGCUCUUGUCUGUUAGUUUGGAGUAAGUUAAAGGGAUAGUUCCCCCCAAAAAAAGAAAACAAAGAAGAUUUUUAGAAGAAUAUUUCAUCUCUGUAGGUCCAUACAAUACAAGUGAAUGGAUACCAAAACUUUGAAGCUCUAAAAAGAAAAAAAAGUCCAUGUCUUCUAAAGCAAUCCAAUUGGUUUUGAGUGAACACAGACCAAAAUAUAACUAUAACUUUUUUACUAUAAAUCUUGACUUCAGCAGUCUUCUUGGCGAUCAUGGCACCAUUUAGCACUCUGCGUAUGUGUCAAGCAUUAGGAAGUGUAAUCGAGCUUGAAAUCAUAAUCAUGUGUAGAGACUGCAGCUUUAAGAUGUACAGUGAAAAAGGAGUAAUAUUUGUGUCUGUUCUCACCCAAAACUGAUUAGAUCACUUAAUACAAGGAUUAAACCACUGGAGUCGUAUGGAUUACUUUUAUGCUGCUUUGUGUGGAUUUUUUUUAGCUUUUUGUAUCCAUUCACUUGUAUUGUAUGGACCUACAAAGCUGAAAUUUUCUUCUAAAAAUCUUUGUGUUAGCAGAAGAAAAAGUCAUACAAAUGGGAUGUUGUGAGGGUGAAUGAGAGAAUUUUCAUUUUUGGGGGAACUAUUACAAGUGGCUUUUUCAAAAUAUUCAAUUGCUAUCACAAACUAACUUUUCUUUUUUUUUUUUCUUUUUUUU